UAUUUCAAUCACUAAUUGUCUUUUUGCACUUGCUUUCUUAUUUAUCUGUCAGAAUGUGAUCUGCAAAAAAUGAGAUGAAUUCUAUGUUGAGUUUAAAUGUUUAUAGUAGUGCUGUUCCGUGGGGUGCUGUUGUGACUAUCUUGCUGUCCUUUACUUUGUUUUUUCUGUGCGCUGGGGGUAUCCUUGCUUCUGAGAUUGGACUUGGCAAUUCUCAAUUUGGUUGGCUUGCUCCCCUUGGAUUUUCAUUCGUGGACAGUAGCUACAGGACAUAUUUGUAUAUCAGCAGAUUGCUAGGAAUUGAACUAUUAUGUAUUGCUAAACCAUUUAUUAUAUCUGUGUACAUGGGAUUUUUAGAACCCUUAUUGCUAAACCAUUUACUAUAUUCUUUUUGGCCUUUCAAAAACAAUAGUUGCUACCUUUGUGCUACCUUAUGCUUGUACUCUUAUCUUUCUUUUUCCUGUUUCUGUGUUGAACAUGCUCACUUGGGAGGGUCUUUGGUUCCAAGAGUUAUUCUAUCUAUAUAUAUUUCAACUUUCACAAAAAAAUGUUUAUAGUAUCUUAUUCUCAUUUUGAAAAAAGACACAUUUAUCUGUCAGAAUGUUUAUAGUCCCCAACUGUGAUUGUAUUAUUUUUCUAAUAUUCAUUCCUAUUAAGCUAUGUUGCUCAUGACAUGGAACAUGCUUGAUGAACCAAAAUGGACCAGGCCCAGGAUGAUACCCUUGUGUGAGAGGAAGCUGAUCUAGUGGGUAUUAACAAACCCAAGAAGCAGCCUAGUGAUUUGCUUUUUUGCUCUCUUUUUAUGUGAUUUCUCCUUGUGCUUUUUAUGUUUGGAAGAAGGUUUAGUUUGGGAGUACAAGGGAGAUCAAACAAAAUUAAGUUUAAUUACUCCAACAAAUCUUGAGGGAUUAAAAAAUGAAGGACAAAGAGUGGACCAAACUUCCAAGGUUUUGUCCAGAGUAUAUCAUGGGCGUUCGUCGAUUUUUAGACUUUGCCUACACUAAAGGAAGACCUCAAGGAGAUGAGAUUUUAUGUCCUUGUGCCAAGUGUAGAAAUCACUGUUGGACAAAAAGAAAUGUGAUAUUGGAUCAUUUGGUAGCUAACGACUUUCUAAAGGGAUAUGAUGUUUGGGUCCACCAUGGGGAGCAAAUAGAAAGGCCAAUGGAAGUUGAUGAUAUUAUUGCAGAUCAAGAGGACUCACAUGACGACAUUGGUGGCUUGUUGCACGACACAUUUCGAAAUGUGGUAGAAGCAGAAGUUAGUGAGGGUCCUAAUGAGGAUGCUAGAAAGUUCUUCAACUUGGUUAAUGAGGCAAAGCAGGAGCUAUACCCAGGGUGCAUGGACUUCUCCACCUUGUCAUUCAUGAUUCUACUGUAUUUGUUGAAGUGUCUUCAUGGGUGGAGCAAUGCCUCAUUCACCGCCCUCUUAGAACUAUUGAAAGAAGCGAUGCCUAAUUUAAACAUUCCUUCAUCUUUUAACAAGGCAAAGUCCAUGAUUAAGGAUUUGGGCCUUGAUUAUAAAAAAAUUGAUGCAUGUCCGAAUGAUUGCAUGUUAUAUUGGAAAGAGCAUGCCAAUGACAACUUUUGUUGUGUUUGUGGAGAUUCACGGUGGAAGGAAGUUUCCCAAGCAGAUUGUGGGUCCGAGCAAACAAAAGAUGAUUAUAAAGUUCCUGCAAAAAUUUUGAGACAUUUUCCGUUGAUUCCUAGACUUCAAAGGUUGUUUAUGUGUUCAACGACAGCCGAGUCAAUGAGAUGGCAUGAAGAGGAGCGCUCAAAGGAUGGGAAAUUGAGACAUCCUGCUGAUGGUCAAGCAUGGAAGGACUUUGAUCAGCAUCAUCUUGAUUUUGCUUCAGAGCCUCGCAAUGUAAGACUUGGCUUAACCAGUGAUGGAUUCAAUCCAUUUAGGACUAUGAGCAUAGCUCACAGUACGUGGCCUGUCAUGAUGAUGGUAUACAACACUCCACCUUGGCUCUCUAUGAAAUCUGAGUAUACAAUGCUUUCAUUAUUGAUUCCUGGACCAAAAUCACCAGGAAAUGAUAUUGAUGUAUACCUUCAGCCACUGAUAGGUGCAAAAUAGUGGCUAAAAAAACAUGACAACAUUUAAUAACCGUGGCAUAAAAUAAACCGUGGUUUUAAGCUUCUGGAACAACCGUGGCUAUAGCUAUUGGCCACGGUUAAGAACGAGUGGUGUUAAUAUAACCGUGGUUCUAGAUUUUAUGAAAACCCGUGGCAGAAAGAUAUAAGCCGCGGUUACAAAUGGGUGGAGAGAACAUAACCGUGGCAUUAGGGUUUAUGAAAAUCCGUGGCAGAACUAUAUAGGCCGCGGUUACAAAUGGGUGGUGAGAACAAAACCGUGGCAUUCGAAUAGUGUGUAAACCGCGGCUAACAUGUCUAAUACUACGGUUUAUGACACGCGGUAUUACAUAAACCGUGGCCUUCCAUUUUUUAAUUAACCGUGGAUUAAACUUGGCAGAACCGUGGCACAUGAACUUGGCCACGGCCGCAUACACUGCGACAAGGAAACCGUGGCAGAACCGUGGCCUAAGCUUUUCGCCACGGUUUUUUCGCAUUAGCCCGCGGUUUGCCGUCCGCGGUGGAAGGCCAAAAAUGCUGUAGUGACCGGUAUUUUGAAAUUCUAUCACCUUGUGAGAAAGAAAAUGUACUUCUUAUGGGUGGGGAACAGCUACAGAAAAGUGCACUCCUGACUCGUGCAUUGGUUCGCACUACAAUAGCAAGAUGUAACUUUUAUUGUUCUGAUACUAGUUUCUUGGUUUUUCUUCCUUCUUUGUACAUUUCCUUUGUAUAAUAUUGUUCUUGUAUGUGCCAAUUUCCGAGUUACGUAUUUUGCUUUUUUUUGGAAUUUAUGUCGGUAUUACCGUAGAACUAGAAAGAGAGUUUUGCUAAAUAUUUCUUCAUUACUGAUGUCUUUAUCCUUAUAUUUUACUUUUUAUUUUCCGUAAUUGGUGGGUGCCGUUUAGAGGAUUGGUAAAUAUCACGCAAAUCUGCUAUAGAUAUACUUAUUCAAAAUUUCUGGUACCUCACUAGUUUAUCUAGUGACAAUUUUGUGGAUCACACCUGUUGACAUUGUUGCCCUAUUCAUCUCGAAUCAACCACAUUUUGUCACUCCUAACCUUCAAAAACUGUUAACACUAUUUGAUUAGUUCUCUCAUAGUUAUCAUAUUUGGACCUUGGCAUGGAAAGAACUCUAUCUGCCAUGGUUUAUUUGUAAUCCGUAUAUUGUUACUGUUGUGCAUCAUUUAGUUUUGGUCUUUCUAUAUAAUGACAGUGGUCAUAUAUCUAAACAAUUU